UCUAACAGGUCAAUCUUGACAUUACCGUCUUGACACUUUUAUCACUUCCUGAAUGUUUUUUUAGCUUAUUUUUUUGGAUCUACGAUGCCUCUUGCCAACCCUUUUGCCAAACCAGACCUCUAUGGAAGCAGGACCCUACAUAGGGAAAUAGGAUAUUACGUAUCCAGACUAGAACAAUACGAGAACUCUUUAAAGUUUUUCGAUGAGGCCAUCCGGAAAUUUCCAGACGACAAGAGGGCGCUCAUCGGCAGGGCGAAGUCCCGUAGCAAGCUGAUCCAGUACCGCGAGGCCCUGGAUGACGUUAACCAGGCCUUAACGUACGAUCCGGACGAUUUGGUCAUUCUGAGCGACAAGGCUCUAAAUACAUAUUUAUGCGCUGAGUUCGAGGAGGGCUUAGUGCAAAACACUCGUUUGAUCCCCAAACGUACGAAACCGGAAGUGUUCACCUUGGGCAAGAUGCAGUGCACGGAUGCGAUCGAAAAUUGCUUGGGUGAACGUGCCGGACGUCCGUUGAGAGACCAUUUCAAAAUAAUCCGGAAGUUGGCCUGGAAAAAGAACUUUUUGGCACAUAAACCGUACGAGCCCACUCCCGCACGUAAACCCAAGAAACCGAAGAAGUUUAUGCUAACAAAACUGAUCGAGAUAGAGGCGCAAACUCAUAAUAAGCAACCAGUCCAAGCAGCAAAGAGCAGUUGUGCCAUACAGCAAUUGGCGGAUGACAACGAGAUCAGGAACUCCUUACAUUCGGUGGUGCCGGAUGAGGAGAGGGCGCCACCUUUCCGUCAUAGUUUCCCUUAUGAACCGUUGCAGAAGUACACGACGAACAUCGAGAACUACAUGGCGGAGAAGUACCUGGACGUCAUGUAUCUGGACAAGAUAUUCUUGCAGAACUUGCAAAAGGAACCGGGGGCGCACAGUCCGAACGCGAACGGAUCCAAAAGGAUCCAACAAUUGGCCAAGAAUUGUCAUAAAACGGUGUCCUUCAAGCAGGAACUGUUACGUACCCGUAAACCGUUUUACUUCAUAAAGUAUCAAGAGGCAAAAGUUUCCGGAGCACUUAAGCAACGCCAGAUUAUCGAACAACAGCACCAACAAGAAGUCACCAAAAAAGAGGCGAACAAUUACGUGGGUCGUAUGAUCGAAGCGUUCGAUCGACUGGACAUGCGCACGUUCCUAAACGUUAUCGAUAAAUUUCAGAAGUUUUGCGAUGUGAAAUCGAAGAAAUUGCUGCCUGACAAGGCGGAUUAUCAGCAAAUGAUUUACGAAAAGGUGUGCGACAUGUACUACUCGUCCUAUCGGAUCAGCCAGGAUCGUCCAGAAUAUGUCCAGCGAAAUGCGAUCUUUACCAUCCUGGGGCUUCCGUUGAGCAGGGAACCAUCGUCCGAUUCGAUAAUCGAUCAACUGAAAGUUUUCGUCUUCGAUCAUCAGAAGAAGAUUUCCGAUUUGUCGGAACGAUUGACCAAAGCCACCACCCCCGAGGAAAUAUGUUGGAACUACUACGAGCUCUCCAGAUAUGAGCUCGAAGAGAAACACUACGAUUUAUCUCGGGUGUACGGGAAAAAAUGCAUAAAAGAAGCGAAAUCGAUCAGGAACCAUAAGUGGAUCUUCAACAGUUGCAUGCUAUUGCUAAAGGCGAACUUGGCCGAGCACAAUAAGAAUGACGCGAAAAACGACUUGGAGGUAGCUAACGGGUGCGCACAACAACUGCAAGACAAUGACAAGUUGGAGUUCUUAGACUGUUGCGCCAAAGCGAUCGAAGAGUUCGAGUUUGAAGAUGUAUUUGGAAUGAAACAGUUGGAGAAGAGGGAGCAGAAGAUUAUCCAGAUGAUGGCUAGUUCGAAAAUGAAAGACGAGGUGUCGCACCUGUUCCGUCAGAUGGCCGCUAUGCCCGCCUCCCGUCGUAUGACCGUCAUGCCAGGAGUGCGAGUGAGCGAGAAGAAUUCUCCGAAACUGACUGAGCGCACGCGCAACAUGUCCAUAAUGCCCUCGUCGGCUGGAGAAUCUUCGAGAACAUCAGAAGCUUUACGAUACGGCGCUACCUUAAAAGAAAUCAUCGGAUUCGACGACUAGAACUUAAUAAUCAAACGAUUUAGUUUAGCAAGAGGUCUGUCAGUACGUGUAGGAUAUCUUAUGUUAUUUAAUAAAUAAAUCAAAUUUUA